AUGGGGGCUGAAAACUUCACAUCUGUUUCAGAAUUCCUUUUAGUGGGACUCUCCAGUGACCAAGAGACACAUACUCUGCUGUUUGUGGCCAUUCUCUUCAUCUACUCCAUUACCCUUGUGGGGAAUCUGGGGAUCAUCCUGUUGGUCCUGGUGGACUCCCACCUCCACACACCCAUGUACUUCUUCCUGACGCACCUCUCAGGCAUAGAGAUCUGUUACAUCACCAGCACGAUACCCCAGAUGUUGGCUCACCUUCAAACAGGUCACGGAGGAUUGUCCUUAAUCCGGUGUGCGUUACAGAUGUAUGUAGCUUUGUCCCUGGGUUCUACUGAAGCACUUCUGUUGGGCGUCAUGGCCUACGACCGUUACUUGGCCAUCUGCCACCCCCUGACUUAUGCCACAGUCAUGGGAAGAUGGCGCCAGAUCCAACUUGCCUCCGCCUGCUGGGUAGGUGGCUUUUUUGGCUCUGUAAUAUGUGUGUUCCUCACCUUUACCCACCCCUUUUGUGGCUCCAACCUCAUCAACCACUUUAUGUGUGAACUGCCAGCGGUGUUGAAGCUUGCAUGUGGUGACAUCCGUAACACAGAAACCGUUGUUUUCUUGCUUGCCGCAAUGGUAAUCCUUGGACCUCUUUCAAUUAUCUUGACUUCCUAUUGGCUCAUUCUUUUCUCUGUGUCCCAAAUGCAGUCGGCUAGGGGACUGCGCAAAGCGUUCUCUACAUGUGGCUCCCACCUAACCGUGGUCACCUUGUUCUAUGGCACCACCACCUUUAUCUAUAUCGUACCCCAGUCUGGAGCAUCUCUUGAUAACAGAAAGAGGAUUGCUGUCUUUUAUGUUGUGGUCACCCCUUUUCUAAACCCAAUCAUUUACACUCUGAGGAACAAGGAUGUCCAUGAGGCGACAGCCAAGGUGGUGCGAAGACUAUGCUGUAAGCCAAGAAACUGA